AUGGAAAAUAUUCUACAUGAAAAUGACAAUAUUAACGAUCAAAUAGGUAAAAGAAUAUUUAUUCCAGCUAUUGGUUCAUUAGGAGAUGUCAAACCUUAUUUAAUUCUUGCAAAAGAACUUAAAAAACAAGGUUAUAUUGUAUGGCUUGGUGUACAUAAACGUUUCAUGGACGAAGUACAAAAUAAUGGUAUUGAUACGGUAGAAAUUGGUGGUGAUAUGGAAAUAGCUUUAUCGACAACACCUGAUGGAAUUGAACUUCAACGUAAUCCUAGUAUUUUUAAAAUGGGUUUAGUUAAACGUGUCUUUUUACCAUUAAUGGAAGAAUGGUUUAAUGGAAUUCUAUCGGGUUUAAAAAAUGCAGAUUUAAUUGUUCUAUCAAUAACAUCAGUUUUAGUUGGAUUGAGUUGUAUUGAGAAAAAUCCAAAUAUGAAAGCAGUUGGAAUAUAUCUUUAUCCUUGUAGACCAACAUCUGAAUUUGCUCCACCAGCUCUUAGUGGAAAAAGUGAAAGUUUAUUUCAAUGGAUUAAUUCAUUUAAGUGGAAAAUAUUCGAAUAUGGUGCAUCGAGUAUGUAUAAUGAUAAAAUAAAUCAAUUACGUGCUAAUAUUAAUUUACCACCAAUUAAACUAACUUAUGAUCAAAUGAUUCAGUUAAUUUUUAAAAAACCAAUAUUAACUGCAACGACUUAUUCAAAAUGUUUACUCGCACGACCAGAUGAUUGGUCUGAAAAUGAAUUGAUGGUUGGUCCAAUUAUGGAAGAAGAUAAUAAUAGUUUUGAACCUUCAGAUGAUCUUCUAGAAUUUUUAAAUAAAUAUCAAAAUGAAAAGAUAAUUUAUAUUGGUAUUGGUUCAAUGAUGAGUAUGAUGUUUAGUAAUGAUCAACAAUUACAAUUUUUAGAAAAUAUUCAAACAACUAUCAAAACUAUGAAUUGUAAAGCAAUUGUAUCAUUAGCUGGUUUUUAUAAUGUUAGUGAUAAUAACUUAGCAAAUCAUGAAAAUAUAUUUUAUUUAAAGAAAAAUAUUCCACAUGCAUGGUUAUUUCCAAAAAUGUCAGCAGUAAUUCAUCAUGGUGGUGCUGGUACAACUCAUGCUGGUCUACGAUAUGGUUUACCAACAUUAAUACUACCUUUUGGAGCUGAUCAACCAUUUAAUGGUGAUCGAGUAUUUAUAAAUAGAUUAGGACCGAGCCCUCUUCCUAUACGUCAAAUGACUAUUAAAAAUUUAAGUAAUGCAAUUGAAGAUCUUAUCAAUAAUUAUACGAUCUACAAGAAUAAUGCUGAAAAAGCUAGUCAAUUGAUUCAAGAUGAAAAUGGACUUAACUGUUGCGUUCAACUGAUUGAAAAAGAGUUAAAACUAUGA